AUGAACUCAAUUGCUUUAAAUUCGUUAAAAUCGUCGGAUCAAAACAAAACGCGAGAAAUGACAGAAGUCAAUAAAAAGGCAAAUUUGCGGAAAAGUAAUGGAAAAUGUUGUUGCAUUUUACUCACACUCACAGUUGUCUUAUGUGGAAUUUUAUUUAUUUAUCGUGGAGAAAUUGCAAAUUUAUUCUGGGAAAAUAGUAAGUGA